AUUUCCUUUAGCUCUACAGCUACAGCCAAAUAAAGAAUAAAAUGGUAUAUUAUCAACCCUUAAAUUUGUUAAUAUUAUUAGAACAGUCCAAUAUUCUGUUUUGAUAAUUAUUGUUUUAUUUACUGUUUCAAAUCGUAGCCAUAAACUAUUAAAUUUAUUUUUAAAUACAAAAAGAAAUAUUAGAUUUUAGAUACUGAGUAUUGUAUUCAAAUUAAUAUCAUGAAUAAAUCGAUUGAUAUUUGUAAAGCUUCUCUGGUUAGCUUAAAAGCAGAAUUUUUGCGCAAACAAGAAGAAGCGAAUAAAGCAAAAAGUUUUUCUGGUGAUACAUUCAUUCGUCCUGUACCUGGUGCUAAAACACCUACAUGUCUUCUUGAGAUUAAUAAAGGUGUUGAAAAUAGAAAUGCCAAAGAUUUAGAACAAAAAUUCGAACCAAGUGAUGAUAAUAGCUUAAAAAAAUCUCGGGAUAUAUUGGCAAUGAAAACUUUACUUUAUGAUAAAUUAGUUAAUGGCGAAAUGAUAGCAGAACAAGAUAAGACAUUUUUAGUUGAUUUUAAACAAAAAGUAAAAUCUACCAAUGAUGCACCAGCUAAAAAAAAUGAAAAAAAGACACAAGAAGAUACUAUUUCUGAUUCAGAAUUAAAUAAAUAUGAUUCUGAAGGGGAUGAUGAUUGGAUUGAUUACACAGAUUUCUUUGGUCGUACUAGACGAUGUUUAAAAUCAGACUUAGAGUUUUUUAAAAAAAGAGAUCAAAGAAUAGAAAGUGAACUAGGACCUUCUCCCAAUGAUAUAAAAUCAACUAUUAAUUUUAAAGCUCAAAAAUUUGUGAAAGAAGAUGUGAUUUCAGAAAAUAUAUCUGAGGUUGUCUCUUCAGAUAUACGUAGAGAGCAAUUUCGUCUUAAGUGGGAGGAAGAAGAACAGAAACUGGCUGAAAGAACAGACAUUCAUUAUGAAGACAUAAGAUUUGACGAGGUUCGAGAACAUGGAGUUGGAUAUUAUGCAUUCUCAACAGAUGAAAAAGAACGGCAUAGACAGCAGGCCGAACUUAAAAAACUACGUGAACAAACAAAAACCUCACAAAGUACAGUACAAAAAUUAAAAGAAAAGCGUGCAGCACAAAUGGCUGCACGACUUAAAGCUGUGAAACGAAGAAAAAAAGAAAAAUUAGGUCUUCCUUUAGAUUCCAGUUCUGAUGAAGAAGAGGUGCCGCCACCCAAAUGUCCAUCUCCUGAAAUUAUUGAAGAUCUUGCAGCACAACAGGCCUUUGAAAAAUUAAGGAAAGCUGCUCAUGUUAGACCAUGGGACAUUGGAAAAGAUGGUGUCCAAAAACCAGUGAUGACUCAAGACGAAUGGAAUGAAAAGCAACGGAACGAAAGGCAGACAGAGUUUGCUUGGGAUUAUGGUGGUACAUCAAAAUCUGUCAAUAAAACAGAUCAACAUUCUGAUGAAGAAGAUGACGAUGAAAUGGUAGGACCAUCGUUAGACAUGUUCACAAAAGCAACAAACCCCAACAUACAAAGUACGACAUCGUUCAACAGUUUUAAAAAGAAGCCCAUACACAACGAGUUAGAUGAUGAACCAAAUACUGUGAAAAACAAAUCUAGUUUUGACGACAGUUUUGACAAUUUGGAUAAUAUUCCAUUGCCUGCAGAACCCAAAAAAGGAGCAGAAAUUGCUCCGCCCCCUACAUAUGAAUAUUAUGGACCUAGUGGUAAAGGACCUAGGGUAGUUGAUCGCCUUGUAAGUGCGAAUGAAAUGAAGGAUUCAAUUUCAGUUGGAUUAAAUAGUAUCGCAAAUAGUAAAAGUAAACAUCGAGAAGUCAGAGGUAUUGUUGAGGAAAGCUAAACUUGUGAUAACUUAAAUAAUAUUUUUAUUUUUUUUGUAAUCGAUUGAAAAUUAUUUGAUUGUAAUCGUGAAAUAUGAAAUAGUGAAAUGUAUAAUAGUUGUACUAUAAAUACUUUAUUUUAUUAAAACAAUUGUGCUGUUUUAAGUUCUUAAACCCAUUAUCUAGCUUGUAUUUAUGAUAUAAACCA